UCAACUGCUAUCGUGUGCGAAUUUCUAUACUACGCCUUCAAUGCUAUCCUAGGGCUCAGAUCGAUAUAUCCAAAAGAAGAUUUCAAAUGGCAACCACGUUACGAUAUCCAUUUACCGAUGUUAGUCGAUCCAGACUUGAAGAGUUACAUCAAACGUACCACAACUCAGCUUAAACCGUGGCUCGAGAAUGGAAAAGUUUCAAGGGUAGUGUUGGCUUUGGUUUCAAAAGAUUCACAACAAACUGUGGAACGUUGGCAGUUUGAGAUCGGUGCCUCGGAAGAUAGUGUCUUAUCAGAAUCAGAUUCCAAUGCUGAACCAUCAACUCAAAUCGAAUUAACUCGCUCUGAUCAUGAUAUGCAAGCCGAAGCCUUGCAGAUCUUUCGUCAAAUCUUUUCUUCUGUGACUUUCCUACCUGAACUCAAACCUAACGAAUGUUCCUUCACUAUCCUUAGUUACGUGGACAAAAGUGAACCUAUUCCAGAACAUUGGAGUCAGAGCAAUCCACACAUCAUA